AACCUACUUAAAAGCUUGAAUUCGGGAGAUAUAAUACAAAAACAUCUUGAUGCACGCAGAGAGGGGUAUAACAAACCGAUCUGGUUAAAAAAUAUAUGUAUAAAACCUAAUUCUACGCAUUAUUCGAUACUUAUUGGAAUACAUACCCACAUUGUGUUACGUUACGGCAAGUGAAAUUUUAUUUAUUUUAGUCUCACACAGUGUCUUGUCCUCUGCCAACACAUCCCUAUCGCUGUUAUGUUAAUCAAUACGAUUUUACAUGAAAAUGCUACGCGUUUUGGUGAUGCUGAUGUACCAAAGAAAUUAUUAAUAACAAAUGAUAAAAUUGUAGCUAUAACAAAAAAUUCCAAAAAAUUAGAAGUGAAAACGCUUACCAAUCAGCUGCAUGAUUGCUUGAAUAGCGAACAGCAACGAAUUGCAAAUAAAAUGAAAGAGACUAUUUAUGCGAGUGUACCAAUUGCUGGAUCUUACGUGGAUAUGAUGCAACAUCAAAGAGAUUCGAGGCAACAACAUGCCUGCUGGUGUCACCCAAAACAAGCACAAAUAGGAUUCGUGAAGUGUCAAAGAGCUGCCGCUGCCGCCGCGACCGCUACGACAAUGGCAACAACGACGACGAUGACAACCAGAGUUGCGGUAGGCGGCAUCGAGGAUGAUAAUGUGGAUGGGGAUGUAGAUGAUGAUAAUGAAAAUGAUUCUGAUUCUGAUUCUGAUUGUCAUUCGGACUCCGUUGCGUUAGAUAAUUGUACAGACAGUGAUGGUGAUGAUGUCAGCUCUGGCAUUAACAGUAAGGCAGUUACAGAAAAUGUUUCUAUCGAUAACGAAGUGACAAUGGUUUUGAAUGGUGCUACUUUUAGUAAAAUUAUGAAAAAUAUUGCAAAUAAUAAUAAUAAUAAUAAUAA